UCAAACAUUUGAGGAAUCACUCUCCAGAAGGAUCGUUCAUCAGAGAUUGGUGCAGUGAGGCGAAGCAUCCUGAAGACAUGAAGACUGUGAUUGUUGCUGUUUUGGUUUUGCUGGUCAUCAGCCAGAGUGAAGCUCUGAAGUGUUACUGUGGAGGUCUGCGACACUGCCCAAACUCUGUGGAGACCUGCCAUGGCUUUAACAAUGUCUGCACCAGUGCCAUCAUUUAUGCAGGAUCUACUCCCAGAUAUUUCAAAGGUUGCAUGAAGUCAAAUGACUGCAGGAUAAUGAAUCAGCCCGGUGUAUCAUCUGCCACUUGCUGCUCAGCUGAUCUGUGCAACAGAUAAAUGGCUAUCAUACACAAUAUUUUCCAGCGAAUAAAUAAUCCAA